GAGAGAUUCGACUGUUUACCCCUGGCUUGCACCACCGCACAACUCUGUUAUUCAGCCCAGCAGCGCCAGCAUAGCUCCCAUAACGUAACGAGAACUGCGCCAUGGCGGAGGUUGCGACCAUUUCUUGUCCAAAGUUCCCCGAUCUAUGCGCCAGCAUACGGUCCUGGACAAUGCCCGCCAUGGCAGCUGAAAUGUCGCUGUGAUGGUGCACCUGCUAGGACGUCAUCGUCCAGAAAGCCGGCCUUGAGCGGGCAUUGCUUCUCUCUACAUCUAUAUAAACCGCUUGUCUCGCUGCCGCUGUUCGAUCGGAGACACAAUCCAAAUUCCCGCAUAGUUUUACCCUGAUCCUGCUCCCGCACGCUUUAAAAUGGCCGCCACCUUUGUCAUAGCCUUGUUGGCGCUCUCCCCGAUUGCCUCAGCGUCUCCUGUCAAGGCUGCGCAGAGAACCCACGGGUACUGCAAGCAAUUGAAUAUCCCGGUGUUCGCUUCCGCAGACAGCGCGACCUACGACAUCCGAAGGGUGGACAGUAAUAUCGAAGCACGAGCAUGGGCGAUCUACGGAGACACCUGGAGCACUCCCCAGGGUGCACAGACCGUUGUCAAAAACACCACGACCGCUGAGACCUUCAAUAUCCAUGCCCAGCUGUGUAUCCCCAAAGCCCCCGGGGCGAAAAAGGACAUUCUGCAGAUCGCGACUCACGGCGCGCAUUAUGAUGGAAGAUAUUGGGAUCCUGAGCUCGACCGGGAGAAUCAGUCUUACGUCGAGGCGUCGCUCAAAGCAGGAUAUUCCAUCCUCACGUACGACCGUCUAGGAGCUGGUCAAUCCGACCACCCUGACGCGUACAACGUGGUGCAAGCUCCGCUCGAGCUCGAGAUCCUUCGACAGCUGACCUUGAUGGCACGCAACGGAACCAUCUACAGCCUCGCCGCGAAGGCACAACCGGUCACUGCACAAUUCAACUCGUUGGCAAAACCGAACCAGAUUGUCCAUGUCGGCCACAGCUUCGGAUCGUUCCUCACCUCCGCCUUGAUUGCCCAGUAUCCCACGCUGACCGACGGAGUCAUCAUCACUGGCUACUUUUACGGCAAAUACCUGGCCGCGCCCGGGAUGGCUUCGUGGGGCGUGGACUUUGCUGCCACGGCUUCUCCUCCUUUCGACCGACCGAGUGGCUACGUUGUGUGCCAGAAGAGCGGCAUUCAGAAUCUCUUCUUCGGCGGCAAUCCCGCCACCGCGUUCACCAAGGAGAUGCUCGACUACGGCGAUUCUCUCAAGCAGCCCGUGCCCGUCGCCGAGCUCGCCUCGGCCUUCCACAUCAUUGGGCAAAAGGGCCUGGGCCUGAAAGCGCCGGUUCAGUUCUUCUUGGCCGAGUUCGACUUCUACAUCUGCGACGGUGACUGCAAGGGCGCGUACGACCCGCAGGACUUGAAGGAUACCUACCCCAAUGCCGCAGUUGUGGAGGACUAUAUCCAGCCCAACACUGGCCACGCCUUCCCGCUCCACAACAAUGCCACUGCUGGCUACCAAGUCAUGUUCGAUUUCCUAGAGAGGAAUGGGCUGUAAUGGGCUGUAACGUGCUGAGAUCCACUGCAACAAACAACAACCACAACCACAACCACGGGCGUACUUUGUGAGGAUUGACCUAUCGGGGCACCUGGCCCCAAAAUAAUAGACUGCAAGCAUUUUUCUUCUGUAGCACACUAGUUAGAUAAUAUGGAAAGUUUCUUACAAAUGAA